AGAGACAGAAAAAGAAAAAAAAAAAUAGAGAUGGAUAGUAAGAAAGCUAAAUGGUCCAUAAAGGAAUGCUGUUAUAAAGCCAAAACUCCCGCAAAGCAACUCAACUCGGCAGCAAUAACAACAACAAUGUCUGAGUACGGCAAAGUCAAAGUGGGCCAACUUAAACUGAAAGGAGAGAAAAAAUCCCACAAGAAGCAUAAGUCAAAAAAGAGGAAAGCAGAAGAUGAAGAUGGGAGCACCAGCGGCAGCAAAGACACAGACACUGCUGACCACGGAGGCUGGUGGCACUGUCGGGCCUUGCACCAGGCAAAGUGUUUUGGAAUGACUGGAUCCGUGGCCAUACAGCUCGGAGGAUUACCUGUGUAUGUGCGAGCCUUGGACAACGGCUUGUUUACAGCUGGUGCUCCACAUGACCAAGGUGAUGGGCCAUCCCCAGAAGAGGUGUUGACAGCAGUGCCUGCAGGAGAUGAGCGCAUCGCCUUCAAGUCUGGCUACAACAAGUACCUUGGAGUGGAUGGGGCAGGACGAGUGGUGGGGCGAGCUGAUGCCAUCGGUCCACGGGAGAUGUGGCAGCCUGUGUUCCAGGAUGAGCAGACAGCCCUGCUAGGUGCCAAUGAUUGUUUCCUGGGCAGGGAUGAAGAGGAUAAUGUUGUUGCCAUAAACCAGAGGGCUGGACCAGACCAGAUGGUGGUGGUGCGAUCUAACACGAUCAGGGAGUGUGACCGGCCCAAGGAGGUGCCAGAGGAGGAGCGCGGCAAACUGAAGGAUGUGGAGAAGAACUACGUGAAGAAGUUCCAGAAGUUCCAGGACAAGCGACUCCGCAUCAAUGAGGAUGGAGUAGCAGAACUGAAGGCUGCACGCAAUGAAGGCAGCCUGCACGAGGCUCUGCUGGAUCGUCGCUCCAAGAUGAAGGCUGACAGAUACUGCAAAUGAUUGCCCUUCCUCUCUUCUCUUGUGUUUUCUUCUGCCUCCUUCAUCUGCCAUGAAUGUCAAUGGUUGAGGUAGAGAGGAGGACAGUGUGCCAGUCAUCAACUUCAUGUAUGAGUUGUGCCCAAACAAAAGUCAGACUUUUGAAAAACUGAUUUAUCACUCUCCUGACAAUUUAGUCACUCUUGUCUCCAUCAGAGUACUUCUCUUCAUUGCUAAAACACUCAUCCUAAUAUGGGCAUAGAGGUACAUUAACUGAAGAGAACACUUCUUCAAUAAUAAAAUUUUUACAUUUGUGGAAAUAUAGUACAACAGCUAAAUAUAUCUUGUUUGCUCCAUACCUAUUUUUCUAAAUGUGUAUUUCUUUGUAAAGGUUCCAGCUAUUUGAAACUGUAAUCCCCACAUAGUAUGUUGGAGAUAUAGUUUUUAUUAUGACAUGAUUUCAAGACAAUGGUAAUAAUUUUAUAUUAAAUGAUAGUAAAUUA